AGAGGGUUACCUCAUCCAGAGCUGCUAGUGCACACGGUGCAGGGGAGAAGUUGUGGGAAAGUAAACAGCACAGGAGAAUUCCAAUCUGUGUUCAGCCACUUGCAGCCCUCACAGGACACUAUAAAGAUGAGUGUGCUGGACCCGGCAGUGUGGUAAAAACUGAGAGUUUAUGGGAGGCUACCAGGAUUAAAGGGUCACCAGGGAGUGCCUGAAGCUUCUCGGAGGACACACUACUGAGGACAAGGAGGAAUUAUGUCGACUGUGAUGUCUCAGCAACCCCCGAAGGAUGAUGAAGAGGAGGAAGAUGAGGAGCAAGGGGAAGAGUUUGUGUUUGAGGACAGCAUGGAUGAGGAGAAACCUCAGGAGGACAGUAAAGGGAUCAGCUCGGACUGUGUCAGUUCUGUCCAGGUGUCAAAGAAGGAGCACAGCGAGACAUCAGGCAAUGUCUUAGAGACAGUCACAGACAACCCACAACUUCCUAAAACUUCGCCUCCUGCUGGGCAGGAGGGCAUUCCCACCAAGGAUGCAGCAUCAAUUUCUACUGCAGAUGUUCCAGUUAGUGAGUCACCCAGCUGGGCCUCAGCAGCAGACAAGCCCAGUACCUCAGCUCCUUGUGCGGGAAAGGAGCUCUGGGGGCUUCCUGUGGUGCCGUCAGCUGUGGAGACGCCGGCCGAUUCUGGAUACCACGGCAAAGAAGCCGGCAAGGAAAGUUCUGGCUCAAGGGACAUCUCUGAAGCUUUAUGUGUGGCUGGAGCGGGGCCACAAACGGCAGAGGCUGCAGAGGUGAUCUAUGAUGAUGUUCCAAGUGAAGACCCCCUCUCUCCUGACGAAGCAGAUAUGAUUUACGAGGAUGUUCAGAGAGACAGUGGUCCUUUGAAUGCAGACAACGGAUGGAGCUCCAGUGAGUUUGAGAGCUAUGACGAGCAGUCUGAUAACGAGGCCAAACUACCAACAAGAAGCAAGCUCUCUCCUGAAGUGCGUCGGCUGAGGGAACGGUGCGCCAGGACCAAACGUGAACUGGCCAUGAGGCUGUCUGGCAAGCACAACUAUGACAUCAAGGUUCAACAGCUCAUGAAGGCGGCGAGGAGUGGAACGAAGGAUGGGCUUGAAAAGACCAAAAUAGCCGUCAUGCGAAAAGUUUCCUUCCUGCAGAGAAAAGAUCAAUUAGAAGAGGAGGAUGAUGCAGGAUACCUGGAUGUGGCUGUGUCAGAAGUGAAGCACCCCCCUCCACAACUGAGCCCCAUGCCAGAGGGGCUGACCAGCUACCAGGUUGUCAGACGCCAUAUCCUGGGCUCCAUCAUUCAGAGCGAGCGGAGCUACCUGGAGUCUCUCAGGAGAAUCUUGCAGGAAUACCACAGACCAUUGAUGGAAGCUGAGCCACGCAUCCUGAGUCCACGGAAGAUCCGGCCCAUAUUUUACCGAAUCAGGGAGAUCACACAGUGCCACUCCAUGUUUCAGAUUGCACUGGCGUCUCGUGUGGCUGAGUGGGACAGCAGUGAGAAAAUUGGAGACUUAUUUGUUGCCUCGUUUUCCAAGUCAAUGGUGCUGGAUGUAUACAGUGACUACGUGAACAACUUCACCAGUGCCAUGGCUCUGAUUAAAAAGGCGUGCAUGUCCAAACCGGCUUUUUUGGAAUUCCUAAAGAAGAAGCAGGCGUCUAGUGUUGACCGGAUCACUCUGUAUGGCCUAAUGGUUAAGCCCAUUCAACGAUUUCCUCAGUUCAUUUUGCUCCUGCAGGACAUGCUUAAGAAUACACCGAAGGGCCACGUGGAUCGCCUGCCCCUGCAGCUUGCUCUGACCGAGCUGGAGAUGCUGGCUGAGAAGCUGAAUGAACAGAAACGAGUAGCUGACCAGAUUACAGAAACUCAACAACUAGCCCGCAGCGUCAGUGAUCGCCUGCUCAGUAAGCAACUGAACUCGGAGCAGGGGUCACUGGUCCUUUGUGAGACGCUUAUUGAGACGGUGUAUGGUGAGCGAGGACAAGUCCUGAAGUCGAAGGAGAGAAAGGUCUUCCUCUUUGAUGAUGUACUCAUCUGUGCCAACAUAAAUGUCAAGGGGCCUCCAGAUAUCAGCAGCCUGGUCCCUGUUGGCCCAAAGUACACCAUGAAGUGGAGUGCCCCCUUACAGCAGGUGCAAGUUGUAGAGGUGGGGCAAGAGGGAUCUCAAAGCAAAGACACCUUCUUCCAGCAGAGCGGGGCUAAGCGGCCAAGUGGUGCCUGCGCUUCAGGUAAAGCGAUCCUGGGCCCUCCACGACUCUACCAAGAGCUGCAGGAGUUACAACAUGACCUUUCAGUUGUGGAGGAGGUCACUCUUCUUGUGGGCACGCUGCAGGGGACGUACCAGAACCUGAACACCACUGUGGCCCAGGACUGGUGUCUGGCUCUGCAGAGGCUUAUUCGCAUCAAAGAAGAACAGAUCCAGAGUGCUAACAAAUGUCGCUUACGCCUGCAGGUGCCCGGUAGGCCAGACAAGUCAGGCCGUCCUGUCAGUUUCAUGGUGGUCUUCAACACUCCCAACCCUCUUAGUAAGAUCUCUUGGGUCAACCGGCUGCACUUGGCCAAGAUCGCACUACGAGAGGAGAACUCACCGGGUUGGUUAUGUGGAGAGGACGAAGGGAAAACGAUGGCCCCACUUUGUUGUCCACUGCUUUCCUGUCAUAUGCCUGUCUUUGCAAUGAAGUCACCAGAACGAAAGCUUGAAGCUGCCCUCCACAAUCCUGUCCACUGUGCAUUGCUUGGCUUCUCUGCAGCGAGCACCUCCUUACCUCAAGGCUACCUCUGGGUGGCUGGUCGAGAAGAAGGUUCUCAGGGGCAGAUAGAGAUAUUUUCCCUCAACAGGCCUACGCCAAGGGCUGUGAAGAGCCUACAGGUAGACUCCGCUGUCCGCUGUCUGGAAUAUGUAGCAGAACCUUCGCAGGCCGAGGAAGUGGAGGCUGGAGUUCACAAGGCACCGCCAGGGAUCGGCGCCAACAUUUGUGUUGGAUUAGAUGAUGGCCGCAUCGUGGUCUAUGGCAGUGUGGACAGUGCAGCACAAUGCCUGUUGACCCUGCAUAACCCAGAGGGCUGCCCUGUGCUGUGCCUGAAGCACUCCUCUGGCUUCCUCUUUGCAGGCCUGCGUAACGGGACCAUGAUGGUGUAUGGAAGAAAUAACAAUGAUGAUCUCUGGGAUCCUGAUUCCUGCAGAUGUGUAAACCUGGGCUCAGAACCAGUGAGGGCACUGUUGGUGUUAGAUGACUCAGUGUGGGCAAGCUGUGGGAACUCUGUCACAGUCAUUGACAUCUCCAGCCUCGCCACUCAGACGUUUGAAGUCCAUCCAGACCCAAUGGUCAGUGUUGCACACAUGGCAUGUGCCGGUGGAGGGGUGUGGAUGGCCUUUUCUGAGGGUUCCUCCAUUCGUCUCUUUCAUACUGAAACACUGGAGCUUCUGCAGGAGAUCAACAUCUCAACACGGUCAACGCUGCUGAGCACUGGUCAGAAGAACGUGCGAGUCACGAGUCUCCUAAUUUGCCAGGGGCUGUUAUGGGUGGGCACUGCCCAAGGUUUAAUUAUCACUCUUCCAGUUCCCAAACUGGAGGGCAUCCCCAAAAUAACAGGAAAGGGUAUGGUCUCCCUAAACGCCCACUGUGGGCCCGUGGACUUCCUGGUAGCCACCACCAGCGGCCUGUCUCCAGAACUGCUGAAGAGGGAUUCAUUCGGGGAUAGCCCAGACUCUGCCUGUGGAGGCGAGGACCGCAGCGACACCUCCUCUCAGGAGUCCCUGCAACACUCCAGCUCCUUUCAGGGAGAGGGGAGAAGCAAAGGACGUGGCGUUCUGCUGCAGUACAAGCUGCGCUCCACAUCGGGAUUACCCGGACGGCCGUUAACGGCGCUGGGCGACGAGGCGUUGGACUCCUCCCUGGAGUCCUUGGAGCACAGUGUGGAAGAUGGAUCUAUCUACGAGCUCAGUGAUGACCCAGAAAUGUGGGUAAGAGGCCGUCCUUGUGAGAAGGACGGGGGACGCAGGGACAGGGUGAUCUCGGCAGCGGUUAUCUCUGGUGGGAAGGGCUUCCGCAGACUGAAGGAAGGAGCUCCAGCAGGUACUAGGACAAGUAUGGAGGGUUUAGAGAAUAUUCUUAUGGUAUGGCAGCUCCCACUGACAGUGUGAUAUGGAAAAUAUAUCAUAAGGUGAUGUGUAUUUAUAGAUGUCUACCCAGCUUAGCCUUGAAUAACCUGUUCCAUAAAUUCAAGGGAUUUGAAUAUAUGAUGAGAAGGUGUUGCCAGUGUUACUGAGCUUGACAUCUUAUGAUUUAGCCUGUGGAAUAAGAAAACUCAGACAUGCUGUUUACUAGACGUACUGUCAGCCCAUAGGACGCUUUGAAUGUUCCGGAUUGUGCGUCAUCUUCUUCCCAGUAGUGGCAGAGGCCGCCACAGAUUAGUUCCGUGUGAUUGUUUUUAUCUGGUUCCUCCUCCCGCCUUAGUUAAGAUUGAUAUGCCUCAGUUUAACCUCAUCAUUGCUGCGUGUGCUCUGCCACAUUUAUUUUAUCCGAAGGACUUCUGUGUGAGCACCCAUGGACGGCAUGCAUUUGAGAGGCAGCCUUUGUUGAAUUUGCCAUGCUCUGCAGAGUUAGAGAUGGACGUCUUUUAUCUGAUCCUGUGGGAGAGAUCCCAUCUGUUUAGAGCUGAAAGCUGGGGACUACCACUGCAUCACAAAGCACAUUAGCAUCACUUUAUUAGCUUUGCCAGCCUUUCACUCAUCCCGUACAAUGUGAAUGUAAGAUACCUUCUAUUGUGUCUCAAAAUUCAAUUUGUGCUCUCUUAAAAAAAAAUAAGACAGAUUUUCAUUUUUACUGUUUUGUUGCAGCUGUUGCAAAAAUGAUUUUUGGUUAGGAAAAAUGAAAUGCUUCCAAGAACUUUCCAUACCUUUGUUAAGGAGGACCAUGUUAGUACAGACUGGCUGCGAAACUGGUGAACAAAACAAACUGGAAAACAAAAGUUAUGAGCGGAAGAGGUCAUUUCUGGUCAUUACACAAUCUAUAUUUGCACUGUAAAAAGUUCCAUUUUUAUUACAGGUAAGUCUUGUUGCAGUCUCAUUGAUCCACAAGUCAUAUUAGCUCGAGACGCCAGUCAUGCAUCAAAAGCAAAACUCUGUUAAUGAAUGAUGAAAAAAAAAAAUUCUCCAGUCAUCAAAACUGCUAUUGGCUCUGUAUCAGCUGAGGGAACCUACCAACCAAUGAGCAUGUUUAUAUGCACGUUCAUUUUCAACAACAUAUGAGAUGAUUCUGAUUAACGUUGGUGUUUUACAAUACAUAGUACAAGUCUGCAGUUAGCACUGAUGAGUAUUAUCUUUGACAUUAACCAGGACUCUUAAGUGUAAACCUUGUCCCGUCAACACUUGUUUACCCUUGUGUUUUCAUGCUAAUAUUUGGUAAAUAUUUGGUAAAUAUUUGGAGUUUAGUGUAAACAUUAAUAUUUUAUGAUCAGGACAUGAGGAUGCAGUUGUCAUCCCUGUCUCAUAGAAACGUCACGUCUCCGUUUUUGGUGGUUCUCAUGUCUUCAGAUGAGCUGAAAGACUUCUACUUGUGAAGUGAUGAGAUUAUACACAGUGUUUGUGGAAUAACGGCAGUGUAUUGAAUCUGAGCUGAAGUUUUUGCUUCAUAGCUUCUUAAUUCAAAGUCAUAGUAGUAUUGGCAGGCUUGUAAACGUGGGCUGUUAUACGUUUGUGUGCCUUGCAGAGAAAACCGAGAAGUACAUACUUAACAGAGCAUAUUUUUCACAGUGUGUUGACACAGUAUGUGGAGGCCGCACAAAUACCCAACUGUGAACACGGCUUUGUGGAUUGCCAGUAGACUGAGCAACGGUGAAGGUUAUGGUAUUUCAUUUUUCCCCACCUGUCUUUACCUAGCCUUUCCUCUGCACGUGGAUUUAUGUCUCGUUUUCCUCUUCAUCACAGAUGAAGCAUAAAAUUCAUGUUUUGUAUAUCCCUGAGGCACAUUGAGGUUUAUUUUCCCUUUUCUUCUUCUCCUCACAACUGAAAUUCAGAAGCUCUUAAACACCCUGCUGUCGGCCAGAAUCAUUUAAAAAUAAAUAAAUAAAUAAGAUGAUGUAAACUGUCCUCGGAUGCUGUCAUCUAAAUGUAAAUCUCAAUGUCACGUCAGAAAUGUACACUCUAAUUCAUGUGCGAUUCAGUGCUGCUGGAACCACAACACCCUCAUGGUCACUGUGGAGGUUGUGUGUUCAACCUGAACCAGAGGAUGAGAGUGUGCGUUCCUGCUUGAGCAGCCUGAUGAAAUAUACAUGACCCCUUUACAAAAGCUGCCGUGGAGUUGGCAUUGUUGAACUGUUUCACUCGCUUAUCGGCUAACAACGGAAGCAUGUUGACCUUUGAUGGACAGUGACUCAUCCAUUUCAUUUGCUUAUAUUAUGUGUGCAGGUAUUAUCCAUCCACUGAAUAUUAAUACUCGCCAAUGAACGUACUGUACUACUAAUUAGAACUGUGACUGUACUAAUUGAACCUGUUUUCCCUUUUGUAAAGAGGACUCUGCGACAGUGUUGAUAUUUUAGAUGAGACAGUGUAAAGCACAGUUCAUGCAGUUUAUUUUCCUGUGGUCAUAAAUGUGGUUUAUCAAAAAUGGGAUCUUAUUUUUCUAGGUUUGGUUAUCGAUUCUGUCAGUUAUGACGACAUGUACUUUACACGAGGUAACUGCUGAGAGCUGGGAAAAAAAAAAAACUGAUGAGGUAAGAAACACAAACUGUCGCACGAUCAUACAGGUUUUAAACAAACAGACUUAUCUAGAAGAUAAAACAAGCAAACAUUAAAAUUAUCACCUACAUAAUUUAUGGCUUUAAAGGUGCAUUCACCUGAAGUUCUACCACCUGGAAACGCCGUCUUGUUUAUAACCUGUGUGAUCAUCUGACUGCUCGCGAUUCUUAACCCGUCGAUGUUGCUACUUUCUCAGAUCUCACCCUGGCGGGUACAAUAUUACCAUACCUGAUAGAAAUGAUGGUCACUCCUACAAAAGUAAAGUAAUAAACCUUAAUUUAUCUUUGCUGCAGAAGUAUUACACUUAAUGCCAUCACAGGCAUAUGGAAGCACAGCGCUUGUUUCCUUUUGGUACAAACCUUUAAUGUUUCGUGUCUAAACGUUGUCUAACAAGCUUGAGCUAAAAUAAAACAUCUUUAAACAUGA